GAUAACUCGCAGGCACCGUAUGUGUUGAAGCAUAGUAGUAGUCAGGUCAAAACAGUGGAUGAACCGGCUUACGCGACUCUUCCACGUGGACGAAAUCCCUUCAAGAACAUGGGAUCUAAGCUGGUUGAGAGAGUAAGGCGCAGCCUUUCGCGAUCAAGUAGGCAUGAAAACGAGAGCCACGAAGAGAAAGAAUCGAAGACAGAGGAACCUUCAACGAAACCGGAGCGGUGUUCUACAACUCUCAAGAAAACCAAAAAGAGAUCUGCCGAGGGGAAGGCUCGAAAAAUUUGA